AUGAGAUACCAGAAUGAAAUACCCAUUCAAUCUACAGCCGGAAACCGCCCCAUGAAGCGACACCACACGGCGCGUUACUAUGCCCACAGGGUGAAAGAAAGUCUAACCACCAGAGUUUCCAAGCUAAUUUGUGCCAUAUUUUUGGCCCUUCUAUUUCUUGUAGGCAUUAUCACAUUCGUUUUAUGGCUAAGCUUGCGUCCCCAUCGGCCUCGAUUUCACGUACGAGAAUUUACAAUCCCGGGUUUAGGACAAGAAAAUGGGUUUGUAAAUGCUCAGAUAAUCUUCAACGUGACAGCCCGUAAUUCGAACCAGAAUGUUGGGUUUUAUUACGAUACAAUUCAGAUGACAGUAAACUACCAGGAUCAAAGUAUAGGUGGGGAAACAUUGGCACUUCCAUUCUAUCAAGAGCCAAAGAACACGAAGAUUCUGGCCGGUAUACUUGGCGGUGACUCCUUGAAAGUGACAGCCGACCGGUGGGGGCAGUUUGUGGCUGACCGGUCAAGAGGAGCGGUGGUUUUCAGCAUUGAAUUUUCUUCCUCCAUUCGAUUCAAAAUAUCGACAUGGGAAAGUAAGCGACAUAGGAUACGUGCUACAUGCCCAGUUGCGGUUGGUGUAGAUGGGUUGAUAUUGGCUACUUAUAAAGAUAAGAAGUGUCAAGUUUAUUUCAUAUAG